AUGAAUUCGAGAACUAGCAUUCCAAAGAAAUUAACUAUUACAAAUGACAAGUUUAUAACGUCACGCAGCAGAAGAGGGACGAAUAUGCAUAUAAAAGAAAUUGUCAAAUACGAGACAAAACAGUUGAACAUUGCCACAGAACAUAUCAAUCCCAUUUCCAUCCUCCGUGACCAAACGAAUGAUGACCAUCGUGAUGUGGGUGAUGGUGGAAAUGUUGCUGAUGCCACGGGAAGUGUCCAUGAUGGUGAUGGUGAUGAUACUGAUGCCAGGGUUCAUCCCAGUCAUCGUCCCACCAGCCAGAUGCUGUCACCGAUACUGUCAACAGAGCUAGCAAUAAUAUUGUGGCAAAUCGCAGUGAUACCAUCACUGCAAUACAGAUAA